AUGCAUCCAAUAGCCGUUAUAGCAAUCAUUGUGGGAGGCGCCUUUGUGUUCUGGGGCGGCUAUGAAGCUGUCAAUACCUUGUACGAAUGGCAUCAAGACAGAAAAGAACAAAGAGAAUACGAAGAAUAUGUGAGAAUGUACAAUGAGAAAAGCCAAUACGUGCCUGUGCCUUUAUUCAACAAUGAUGAGGAUGAGGAUGAGGAUGAAGACGAAGAUAACGAGCCACUGGGUAUUUGGAAGCAAAAGCGAGAUUCACUACGAUCAAGCGAGCUACGACAACGCAAACCUAACAGUAACAAUGAAGAGCCUUUGCCUAAUUAUGAAUUUUCUGAGAUGGAACGCUCUAUUUCAAAUCGCAAAAGCUUUCUGCAAAGAGAAACUGAACAAUUGAUUAAAGAAGAGGCAGAACUACAAAGAAGCAGAGAGCUACUUCGCUCAAAAGGCAACUCUAUUACAGGCGUAAUUCAUGAUGAAGAAGAUGCAAAUCCAUUUUCAGACGACUUUUUUAUUGAACGAUCAGCAUCGCCAUCACCUUUAUUACCAUCAGCAGUUGAUAAAUCCGAUUGUAGUUGGUCAGAUCUUGAGCAAGACAAAGCAAGUGAUUCAGCCGAGAGCUUUGAAUCAAUUCAUCACAAUCAAUUGUAA